UUGAAGUCAUUUUACAUGAAGCACCGAAGCACACCAAGUCGAUCGCUUGCCGCCAUUAUAAAUGCCUCAGAAGUCUAUGAAGCUAUGGCUGGGAUUGCCCGAGUAAAGGAACAGUUUGUCGUGACGAAAACAGAAAAAAUUUCAACGGAAUUUAUCAAAAAAGGAAGUUAUGAAGAAAAUGUAGAAGUUCCAAGUGAAGAACAAAAUUAUUCAGUUGGCGAAAGUGAAUCGUCUGCUCCAAAGAGGGAGAAAAGAAAGAAGAAAGAAAGGGGUCAGAAUAAGAAGAGACCUAGAACUGUCCCAAAGCAAGCACCUAAUGAAAGACUAUGCCCAAGUUUAUCGAGAGGAAACUAUUCUUGUGCUAAUCAAAAAGAUUGUAAGUUUCUCCAUGAUGUGGACGAAUAUUUAAGAAAGAAGCCAGAUGAUAUUGGUGAAUGUUGUGUGAAUUUUCAAUUAAAUGGAAGAUGUAAGUUUGGACUAGAAUGUCGCUUUGCGAAGUGUCACAUUUCAGACGACUUUAAAAAUAUUGUAGACGAAGAAAAGUAUGAAAAGAGUCAAAGUAAGGCUGAAGAGGCUAGGAUGGCGCGUUCCAAAGACUUACAAAUAAGACUGAGAAAGAAACAGUAUGAUUUUCCAAAAUCAGACACAUUUCUUGGAAACCUGUCUGUUGAUACCCAUCCGAAAGUAGAGACCGAUAAAAGGGUGGCGUAUGCCGACGAAGGUAGGCUUGGUUGCUGUACCAAUGAAGAUAUAAUCAAGCAAAAUGUUAGGGAACGGAAGCAAGUAGACUUCUCAAACAAGCUGUAUUUAGCCCCCUUGACGACAGUUGGGAAUCUACCAUUCAGACGUGUAUGCAAAGAAUUUGGAGCCGACAUUACGUGCAGUGAAAUGGCCAUGUCAAUUAACCUGCUGCAGGGUCAGCAGUCCGAAUGGGCUCUUAUUAAAAGACACGAAUCAGAAGAUCUUUUUGGAGUCCAGCUUUGUGGGUCAUUUCCAGACACGAUGACUAGAUGUGCCGAAAUGCUGAGUUCCGAAAUGGAUGUUGAUUUCAUCGAUGUCAACAUUGGCUGUCCUAUUGACCUGGUCUUUAAAAAGGGUGGUGGCUGUGCACUGAUGGGCCGGCAAAAAAAGUUCCAAAACAUUGUCAAGGGAAUGGUUGAGGUAUCAAGUGUCCCGAUAACAGUUAAGAUGAGAAACGGCAUUUAUGAUAAAAAUUGGACUGCGCAUGAAAUUAUCCCAAAAAUAAGGGACUGGGGAGCAUCUCUUAUCACUCUACAUGGACGAUCUCGAGAGCAGCGAUACACACGCCUUGCUGAUUGGGAAUACAUCAAUGAAUGUGCUUCUGCUGCCUCGCCAAUGCCUCUUUACGGAAACGGAGACAUUCUUUCAUUUGAAGAUGCAAACCUGCGUAGAGAGAACACAGGAGUAGCCGGCAUUAUGAUAGCCAGGGGAGCUCUGAUAAAGCCGUGGAUAUUCACAGAAAUAAAAGAACAAAGGCAUUGGGAUAUAUCGGCAACCGAGAGAUUGGAUAUUCUGAGAAGAUAUACCAAUUAUGGUUUGGAGCAUUGGGGCUCGGAUACCAAGGGAGUAGAAAAUACAAGAAGAUUUUUGCUGGAGUGGCUCUCGUUUCUGCAUAGAUACAUUCCUAUUGGGCUUUUGGAAACACUGCCGCAAAAAAUUAACGCACGUCCACCGUUAUAUGUCGGAAGAAAUGAUUUGGAAACAUUAAUGGCGAGCAGCAAUUGUGCAGAUUGGAUAAAGAUUAGUGAAAUGCUUCUUGGCCCAGUUCCUUCGAACUUUGAUUUUCUUCCAAAACAUAAAGCAAACUCUUACAAUUGAAGAUGCUUUUUCAUCUCAACGAAGACUGGCGGAAUUGUCGUUGACUGUACCCUUUUAGCGUUUUUAAUGUUUAAAUGAGUGCUACCGGUGAAUAAUGGAAAUCGAUUUAUCA